GCCUACGAUCAUAUUAUGCAGGUUUGGUUCAGCAAUCGUCGGGCCAAAUGGCGGCGCGAGGAGAAGCUCCGCAAUCAGCGCCGGGCGGCCGAACAGGCGUCCGUCGUUCACCAUCACAGCGCACCGCCGGCCCCCUCUGCCCCGCCCUCCGCCCGCAUACCCAUCAACUCGGGCUUCGGCAACGGUCUAUACCCCUCUAUACCGCAGCCCAUGGCCUCUAUGGCCGAUACCUACAGUUCAAUGGGAAUGGCCUCGUACUCGAUGGCCAACAACAUGGCCUCCAACUCGUGUCUCCAGCAACAGGCGGCCGCAGCGGCAGCCGCCAGCUCCUACUCAUGUAUGUUACCGCCCGGACCGGGCCGUGGCUACGACCCCAUCGGUUUGGGCGGCUACUCGCGCCAGUCGUGCCCAUCGGCCGCUCAGGUGCACGCCAUGCAGACCGUCAACGGCCAGUUUGGCGGUGUCAACAACCCGGCCACAUCUACCGUUAUGAUGCCGUGUAAUUUGAUAAAGGUGAUUUUUUUCCAGUUGACAAACUAG